AUGCCCACCUGGGUGGCCCGGCGUAGCGUGUCUGGAGACUUUGUAAUCGACCUGCCUCGAUUUUUGUGCCGCCCUGAAGAGCAUUGGGGGGACAUCUGGCAGUGCCAGGAGAUGUUUUGGCUGAUACAGCUGGUGGUGGUGGUGGUGGGGGUGUUGCUACUGGCCGCCCCCGGUGGGAGCCCGGGAGCUGCGCACGUUCUGCGGGACGGCCCCUGCCUCAAAGCGUCAGGUCCAGAGUGUCGGCGGCGCCGGGGCGGAGAGUCCCUGCUGCUGGAGACGGUGGAGCUGCAGGUCGGCUUCGAGACGCGGCCACAGCAGGACAUAUGCUCCUCAGGCGUCCCCAGGCUUAAGUCCACUCCCCAGCCCGAGUUCUGGUGUGUUCUGCAGGACCAGCUGCACUGUGACAAGGCCAAGGCUGUGGACGUUCCCCACGUGGACAUCGAGGCUCUGAAGAAACUCAGCAAGAAUGAGAAGCUGGCCAGGAAGCAGGAUGCCUUGCUGGCUUCAGAGCCUCGGAUGAAGCAGACGCCGCCCCGGAUGCUGGGCCCAGGCCUGGACGGGGCUGGCAAGGUCCCUUCCUUGCUGACCACAGCGGGGACUUGGGCGGAAGUUGAAAUGAAAUCCGCAGUCGAGUUCCAGAUGAAGAAGGUGCUGUGUCUGGUGGUGGCUGCUGGCCCCGUGAGGACGGCGGACGAUGAGCUUGCGCACAACAUCCUCUCAGCUGUCGGUUUCCUGGUGUCGCUGUUCAAGAGGAACUGGCAGAACGUCCGGGCUUCACUCGGCAGGAGCCCUGGCGCCUGCACGGCCGGCGGCACAGCUGAGCAAACCACACUGCUACCACUACAGGAAAAAAAACCCAAAAUUAAGAAAACAGCGAUAAACCCAUUACAUCUUAACAGAAAUAACAUUUUUAUAAAGGACACUACACUUUUCAGAACUGGGAAAAAUGCAGUGGAGGCAGGGGCAUCGUCGGGUGUUUUCACAGUGCGAUCUGUCGGUCUGACGUCGGGCCUGCGGGGGCCGGGGGGGGGGGGCAGCUGAAGGAUCUGCCCCUGCACUGGCCCAGGCGGCCGAAGAGACCUGCUUCGUGCUUGGGAGGCCGAGGACUCUCGGGUCCCCUGACCGGGAGCUCCCGUCCCACCCGAGCACCGGGACCAGAAGACGGGCCUCCUCUGCAUCCACCCUCUCACGGUGAACUCGGUGUCACUCCUGCUUUGUGAAAGGCGUUUGGGAGUUUUCCUUCUUUGCCCAUGUUCUGGAAAAGGUUACAUGGUGUGAAGAUUAUCUGUUCUUACAGAAUGGGCAGAAAUCUCCUGUGAAGUCCUUUGGGUUUGGUCUCUUUCAUUAGAUGUAAUGGAUACCUCUUCUAAUUCUAUAAAAAUAGGUCUUUUCAGACUUUCUGUCUUUCCUGUGUUCAUUUUUUGUGUGAAUUUUUUCUCCUAGUAAAGUAGUAAAGGUCCACUUCAUCUAUGUUUUCAAGUUUAUUUG